AUGGAUGAAACACCGAGUCAAGCUAUAGGUCUAUGCUGUGCUGACGAUGAACUCGACUCGAUCUGGAAUUCAACAUGGUUCGUUAAUACCACAAGAGAAACGACGUCUAAAAAGAAAGACGUACAAAUUCAAUCGGGAUUCUAUGCUGGCUACGACAUGCCUGAAAUCACCUAUUUAGAUGAAGGCUUUUACGAAUGCCGAAAGAUAAAUUAUUCAAACUGGAUCACUAUCGGCGUUUUUCACUUGAAAAUAUGGAAUGACUCUACACCGGCCAUACUUUCCGCUGAACGUGGCUCAAAUUUUACCAACCAGACAACCAUCAAUGGCCAUUUUCGAGUUUAUAUCACACUUAUGGAGGCUUACACAUAUGAUUUCAAUAACCAUUCUAGCCCAAUAUUUAAAGAAUACGCGGGUCAAAUCGAAACUGGUUUUGAUAAAAUAUUCUCCACACCAAAUUUUUCCUCUGCCCGUUUAGUGGCUAUUUUAAUUAUAACUGACUUAUCUCAUUCGAAGGCUGUGGUAGAUCUCGAGUUCACUGAUCUUGUAAGCAUGGAACAUGUCAAUGCCACAUUAUCUGGCCAGCUAGCUUCUUACCGAAAAAUUGGCUCGUUGGCUGCAUCACCGGAAAACCUCUCUCUUGACGUUUUCCCACAAAACCUUACUUUCCAGUGUUCUCCAACGGAAAUUCCCUGCAAGUUUUCGUAUAACCCUAAAUGUAUCCCAUCAUUAGGCAGAUGCGAUAAAAACGCCACAUGUCGAGAUAAGAGCGAUGAAGAAGACUGCCCGGACUCAAAUCGAUGUGAAGCGGAUGAUAAAUUUUAUUGUCCCAAUUCUGGUGGAAUAUUGGUUUGUGCCAGUGUUAAAUGUGACGGAAAAAAGGAUUGCCCCGGUGGCGAAGACGAACCACCAACUUGCGGCCAAGAUGGCAUGAUAAUGAAGAUAUUGGUCACCGCGGUAGGAGUGAUAAUAAUAAUUGCAGCAAUAUGUGUUCUAUUUUUGUCCUGCAAAUACAAAAAAGAAAUGAGACAGAAAGAUACCAGAAUCGCAGAAAUGACUCAAUUGGUGAAAAGGAUAGUAGUAAAGAAACAAAUCAACAUCGAUGGCGAUUUUCCCGAUGUUUUGAAUAUGCCUGUCGUUUCAAUUGAACGUUUGAAAUCUGGUAUAGUGAAGAACGGCAUGGUUUCGGUGGGUGAAUAUGAAAUGUCAUUAGAUGAACAUUGGGAAUAUCCUCGACAAAAUUUACGCUUGGGGAAAACUUUGGGCGAAGGCGAAUUUGGGAAAGUAGUGCAAGCCGAGGCGAAAGAUAUUUGGAAACGUGGAAAUGACCUUGUAACAGUGGCAGUGAAAAUGCUCAAGGAUGAUCACUUGGAUUCAGACAUGAUAGACUUGGUAUCUGAAAUGGAAUUGAUGAAAUUACUUGGAAGUCACCAGCACAUCCUUCGACUUCUCGGCUGCUGCAGCCAAGGAGGACCAUUGCUUGUAAUUACAGAAUAUGCUCGAAAUGGAAACCUCAAGAAUUUUCUUCAAAAACAUCUUCAGCAUUCCACCAAAAUAGAAGAAAGUACUCUCUUGACUUAUGCUCGUCAAAUUGCGCAAGGAAUGGUUUAUCUGUCUUCAAUAAAAUGUAUUCAUCGAGAUUUGGCGGCUCGCAAUAUCCUUGUAACAGCUCAGUACACGAUGAAAAUAGCCGAUUUUGGCCUCGCCCGAGAUGUGAGACAAACCGAAUACUACAAGAAGACAUCAAACGGUCGACUACCCAUAAAAUGGAUGGCACCCGAAGCUUUAUUUCAUAACAAAUACACAACGAAAUCUGACGUCUGGUCUUACGGCAUAUUGCUUUGGGAGAUUGUAACGCUGGGUGAUAAUCCAUAUCCUUCAAUCGAGGAUUUUGCCGGGCUACGAAAUGCUUUGAAGCAAAAUUAUCGAAUGGAAAAGCCUCCAAAUGCAUCCACAAAUGUAUACAAUUUGAUGUUGAAUUGCUGGAGUUUUGAACCUGAGGAUCGUCCAAAUUUCUUGGUAAUAGUAGAACGCCUAGAAGAAUUAUUGACUGAUACUAAGGUAGUUGAUGGGUUUUACCCUCCAGAAAAUUCUGAUGAAUUCGAUUCACGAAGCGUUAUUUCCACAACGGAAUCCAGUGAAGAUGAAAAUGAAAUUAGAAAACCUAUUUUGAAAUGA